CUCAAAAACAAAAGACCAAAGCAGCAUCAUGUUCAUAAUGUAUAUCAUAAAUACAAUCAAUAUGAGCAUGGCCGAAAAGAGGCUUAAAGUACCUAAGUCAGAGGAGAGGGACACUAGGAUAGAACUCGUCAGAGGAGAGGGAGUUGUGGACAGAAACGAUGAUGGCCAGAACUCGUCGAAGGAGGGGAACACUACUAUGGUCUUCGUUUUUUCGAAAUCUUUCGCCGGGAUGCUAUUCGUCGAGGAGUGA